AUGCGGUUACUCGCUAAAUGGCCGGUGGAUAAGAACAAAAGUCGUGCCAGGAAUCUGAAGUUAUUCUUGGAAAGCGAAGUAAAUCGAUUACACAACCCCAGAAUCACCGAGAACCCUGAACAAUUGGAAGAUCCUUUGAGCGGAAAGAAUGUGAAGCAUGAAGCUAACAUGAGAGGUAGGAAAUUUUGAUUACGGUUGAAAAAAAUACGCUGUAUUUCGACAAUUUAUAUUGUACUAGGUAAAGGUGAAAAUUAUGGCAAAAAGUUACGGAUACUGCAAUAUUAGGAAACUUUAAAAUUAAAGAAAGUGUUUCAGCCCUCCAAGAGAUCAUCGACAACAAAUAUCAGCAACGAUGGCCAACGGAUCACUUCAAAACAGGCCUCUUUGGCCUCACUCAAAGUCAUCUGGCCAAGGUCAAUGCAGAUAAAUUCAGGUUUCAUCUUGGCCUUGGAGCUACUCGAUGGAAUUUCUGGAAGACGUAUUUCGAAAAGAAACCGGAAUGA